CGCCCAUCUCCCAUGUAACAGGAGUAGUCGAUGCCGUCUUGAAAAUCGAAUGCUAGAUGGUAUCUUGGGGCACCGUAGGAAAGCCCGGUGAAACUCAGUGAACGUACAUCUUGUCAUCUUCCGUUGCAAACAAGGAACACAAACGUCGCAGCGAGCAAGAGGCAAAAACAAUGCUUUUUUGCUUACUAAAAUGGGAUUUAAUUUAAUUGGAUAGAGUAUUACCACAAAGCUUUUACAAAUGUCUGAAUCGGCUGAAUCUCCAGACACUCGGAGUCUGGUCUCUGCGUCCUCCCAGCUCAAUCUCAUGGAGAUAGACACGAUCGACGACAAAGAGUUCGACAUUCCUCAAGUUGAUACACCCCCCACUUUGGAGAGCAUCCUUAACGAGCCGGAGGAAGAGGAGGAGCCCUUCAUUCUGGAGGACACCUGUCUGCUCAACACCGAGAACAUUGACGCCCACUCCUGCGAGACCUCCUCAUUGGCCAGCUCUGACAGUGGAGACCGUACCAACCUCAAAAGGAAGAGGAAGACAGUGGAGUUGAACGCCACGGUGCACGGCUCGGUGCUCAGACACAGCAUCCUAAAGGGCAUCUCAGCUCAGAUCGUCUCUGCCGCCGACCGAGUAGAUGCUGGACUGCCGACGGCCAUCGCGGUGUCAGGGGUCAUCGUCGUGGGGACGUCUCAUGGUCUGGCACUGGUGUUUGAUUUGAACCAGGCCCUGCGUUUGUGUCUGGGGAGCACGGCCACGGGGGCGGAGUAUGGAGCAGUGUCCGCCCUCAGCAUCAACCACGACUGUACGCGUCUGCUCUGCGGCUUUGCCAAGGGCCAGAUCACCAUGUGGGACCUGGCCAAUGGCAAGUUGCUGAGGACCAUCACAGACGCCCACCCUCCUGGCACGGCUAUCUUACACGUCAAGUUCACAGAUGACCCCACCCUAGCAGUGUGUAACGACAGUGGGGGAUCGGUGUUUGAGCUGGCCUUCAGGAGAGUGAUGGGGAUGCGUACCUGUGACUCUCGUUGUCUCUUCAGUGGCUCUAAGGGGGAGGUGUGCUGUGUGGAGCCCCUCCACACCCCCACAGACCUCAGAGACCACCCCAUCACACAGUACUCUCUGCUGGCCAUGGCCUCGCUCACCAAGAUCCUGGUGAUUGGACUUAAGCCGUCUCUGAAAGUGUGGAUGACUUUUCCCUAUGGCAAGACGGACCCCACCAGUGUUCCCCAGCUAGCCUGGCAGUACGUGCCCAUCCAGAAGGUGGUUAACCCCAUCCUGGCCUUCUGCAGAGGGGACACCGUCCACUUCCUGCUGGUGAAGAAAGAGGAGUCAGGGACCAUCCAUGUCAUCAAACAGAGACAGCUGCACCUCAACUGUGACAUCAUCAGUCUGAGCUGGAUGAACUCCCGGACCCUGGUGCUGCUGAGCAGCGGGGAGCAGCUGCAGGUGGUGGACCGGCCCAGCCUGGAGCUGCUGGAGUGUCUGGACCUGGCAGAGGUGCAGCUGGUCUACAACAGCAGCCACUUUAAAUCGCUGGCCACGGGGGGCAACGUCAGUCAGGCACUGGCCCUAGUCGGAGAGAAGGCCUGCUACCAAUCAGUGUGCAGCUAUGCUGGACAGAUAGUCUACCUGGGAACUAAGUCUGCCCAUAUCAUGACUCUGAGGAACUGGAGAGAGCGUGUGGACUUCCUGUUGAAGCAGGAGAGGUUCCUGGACGCUCUCUCUCUGGCCUGGUCCUUCCACGAGGGAACCGCCAAGGCUGUCCUGGGGCUGUUCGGAGACCCGGCCAAGAGAAAAGGAGUGGUGGCCGACAAGAUGGUGGAGGUUCUUCUCCAGUUCGUGGAGCGUUCGUUGAAGAAGUGUCCAGAGCAGGGCAAGAUCCAGAUUAUGGAGCAACACUUCCUGGACGUGGUGCCUGUCAUGGUGGAUUACUGUCUCCUGCUGCAGAGAACGGACCUGCUGUUCGAGCAGGUGUACGGGCGCCUGGCGGAGAACGUGGUGGCCCGGGGCGUGUUCCUGGAGAGCCUGGAGCCCUACAUCGUCAGCGAGCGGCUGGGCUGCGUGACCGCCGCCGUCAUGAGAGACCUGCUCAACCACUACCAGGACAACAGCAGGAUGGACAGCCUGGAGAGCUGUCUGGUCCACAUGGACGUCACCAGCCUGGACAUCCAGCAGGUGGUGAAGAUGUGCUGGGAUAAUCAGCUCUAUGACGCCAUGAUCUACGUGUUCAACAGUGGGAUGAACGACUACAUUAACCCUAUGGAGAAACUCUUUCAGGUGAUUGGCCCACCACUGAAGGAAGGCAAGGUUCUCACGGAUGAACAAGUGGUGAUGGGCAACAAGCUGUUGGUUUACAUAAGCUGCUGUCUAGCAGGACGAGCGUAUCCCCUGGGGGACAUCCCAGAAGACCUGGUGCCCCAAGUCAAGAACCAGGUGUUUGAAUUUCUCAUCCGUCUUCACUCGUCGGAGGGCCCACAGGAAGAGGAGGUGUACCCCUACGUGCGCACGCUGCUCCAUUUCGACACCCGCGAGUUCCUCAAUGUCCUCGCGCUGGUGAGCCACACCCAGGAAGUACUGCAGGAAACACCCCAGGGACAGACCUUCGAGGACUUCCAGAAUGACAAGCAGGCCCUGGAGUACCAGCAGAGGAUAGUAGACAUCCUGCUGAAGGUGAUGGUGGAGAACGCGGACUUCACCCCCUCUCAGGUGGGCUGUCUCUUCACCUUCCUGGCCCGCCAGCUCGCCAAGCCAGACAACACACUCUUCGUCAACAGGAAGCUGUUUGACCAGGUUCUGGAGUUUCUCUGCAGUCCUGAUGAUGACUCCAGACACACAGAGAGACAGCAGGUGCUGUUGGAGUUGCUGCAGGUUGGGGGCGUGGUCCAGUUUGACGAGACAAGGUUACUGGGCUUGGCGGAGAAGGCAGAGUUCUACCAGAUCUGUGAGUUCCUGUAUGAGCAGAAGCACAUGUAUGAUAAGAUCAUAGACUGCUACCUAAGAGAUCCUCUUAGAAAGGAGGAGAUAUUCAACUACAUCCACAACCUGUUGUCCAUGCCUGGGUACAGCCCAGAGGAGAGGCACUGUGUCUGGGACAACACACUACAGCACAUCCAGGAGCUGGUGAUCAUUGAUCCCAGUAAGUCAGCAGACCUGGUGGCUGGUCACUUCCUGGAAGAGAUCCGGCCAAUCAUCAGCAGCCUACAGGAGGAACAUCUGGUGUAUCAGUUCCUUCGAUGCCUUCUGGACCCAAGAGAAGGCCCUCAUCCCCAGGCUGUCCUGAGGCUGGAGCCCGACCUCCACGAGCUCCUCAUCGGGCUGCUGUGCCGCUUCAACCCCCGGGAGCUCACCUCCUUCCUCCAGACCUCCCAGGACUACCGUCUGGAGGAAGCCAUACAGGUAACGGAGCAGCAUCAGCACCACGAGGCCACAGCCUACCUGCUGGAGAAGAAGGGCGACGCCCACGGAGCAUUCCAGGUCCUGCUCAAGACCCUGAAAGAGAGGCUCAGCAGCCUCACCCCUGGGGGCGAGGAGGAAGAGGGGGGGGGAGGGGAGGGGGAGGAGCCACCCCUGCAGAGAAUCGAGGUGGCCCUGAGUGACAUCAUCGCCUUGAGUGACCGCUGCUCCCACAACCUCAACCAGCAACAGAGAGAGGUGCUGUGGUUUCCUCUGCUAGAGGCCAUGAUGUCUCCACAGACACUCCUGAAGGGACCAGAUACCAAGAACACCUCAGAAGCGUUGAAGGAGCUCACCAUGAAGGUUCUGAACAGCAUGAGCAGCUUCAUCUCCCUGCCAGCCAUCAUCCAACGCAUCCUCCAGGACCCGGUGUAUGGGAAAGGCAAGCUGGCUGAAAUACAAGGCCUCAUCCUGGGAAUGCUGGAGACAUUCAACUAUGAACAGACUCUGCUGGAGACCACCACCAGCCUGUUGAACCACGACCUCCACUGGUCCCUGUCGCACCUGCGUGCUGCUGUCAGCAGGGGGCUCCACCCCCGACACGACCACUGCAACAUCUGCCUGCAGCAGUACAAGAGACGCCACGACUCCCCAGAGGAGAUCAUCAUCUUCAGCUGUGGCCACCUGUACCACUGCCAGUGCCUGCAGAGGAAGGGGAGUGGCCUGUCGGGAGAGAGGCUCCAGGGGUGGAGCUGCUACAAGUGCACGUCCAAUCAGGGAGGGAGGGGCGGGGACAGGGUCGCCAUGGAGACCGGGAGGGGUCGCACUGCUUCCUUGGCCCAGACCAGAGUCACAUCCACACACAGCGACGCAGGAGAUGAGGCUCAUGGGAAAAAGGGUUUGGCAGAGACGACCCUGGACCCCCAACAGAGCCAGUCGUGGGACCAGCUCCGCUGCCUCUACAGAGGCCCCUCCAGGCUGGCCAUCCUCUCGGAGCUCUCUCACUGCCACGGCAAUGAGAAGGCGGGGCUGCUGAACCCCGUCCAGCCAGGAACAGGAAGCAUCUUCCACAGCGAGAACUUCCUGCUCAAGCUGUCCCCUCCGCCAUUGGUCGAGGAGUAGCAGCUGUGGGCCGGCGGAGGGCGGAGUCUCCCCGCCGGCAGCUGUUCCUGGGUCAGGAAGGCCCGGAACACAUGACAUCAGCCCCACUGUUCCUAUUGGUUCAUUUCCUGCGUGAUGAUGCAACGUCGGUUGUCGGAGGACUAGCCGUUCCAUGUGCUUCGACCAGUGUUGACCACCUUAAAAACAGACUUGGCUCCCGAGACUUGGUCGUACGUCGCCUUUAAAUCACCUCUACAUCAUCUCCUACAUCACCCUUCACUCGACCACCCUCAUCACCCCCUAAUUCACCGUUACGUCACCGUCGACAUCCACUCCUUAGUCUACAUGAGCACCUGGAUCAGCUCCUAAAUCCUACAUCACCUCCUGUCGUAGAGCCCCUCCUUUAACACCUCCAUCGUCAGCUCCUGGAGCCCAAUGUUCAGUAGAUCGCCUAGAUCGUCUCCUCUAGUAGAUCACCUCCUUUCAAUGUGACAUUGUCUCCUUCAUCCGCUACUAGAUCAUCUCCCUCGGUGGAUCGGCUCCCACGUCACAUCUCCCAUCACCUCGUAGGUCGUCUCGGAGCAGCCAUGUAGCCGGACGUGUCUGUGUUUGUGUGUAUGAAACGCUACCACGUGUACACUACCCUGCUCCCAUCCAUCUGGUGGCGUCUGUCUGGCCAGACUGUGCAUAAACAAUAAACACCUUUCUAAUGUCGAA